AUGGAAGGACGGACCAGGAUAUCGGCGGUCGCGGGCCUGGGGGGGAUCUUUGGCACCGCAAGCAGCGUGCUGCACAUCAUUUUCGCAACCAACAUCACCAAUGUUCCGGCACUGUCAGGCCUUCGAGAUCUGAUUUAUGUCGCCUUCCUGCUGAGCCUGAUCAACCUCGCCGUCCUGGCUUACUUUGGCACGCUGUUCACCAAGAAACUCUGGACCCAGGCGCAGAGCUCGAGAUCAAGUUCGUGGCGACUCUUUUACAGUGGAGUGGUUUCGGCGGCGGUCAGUAUCGUCGUCUCCGGAGUUGCACUGGUAUGGCUGGUUGUUGUCCGAAAUGAUCUUCCCACAGAGAUAUUGAACACGUCUCUCACGACGUGGCUUGGGAUAUGGUUCGCUAUGUGGGGUUGUUCUGCUCUGUUGCAAACAGUCUUCUAUGUUCUUCUCGGAAUCUGGACCAAGAAUGUCUUGACAACAGCAAGGGUCAGCGGAUUGAACUUGGAAUUUGGCAUCAGAGCACCGUCGGCCGCUACUGAGAAGAGGCCGGGCACUCAGCAGACCAAUCGAUCAUUCGGCUCGCAGGACUUGACACUGAAUUCACCGCCACGCACCCCUGUCUCAAGAGGAGAAUCUUCGGCACGCAGAUCAUUGUCCACGAAGGUGGGAACUGGAUCGUCCAAGACGAAACGGACACGAUAUUCCAGUCCAUCGUCGCUCGAAGGUUCGCCGUUCCCAGCUGGCGAGGCCAUGUCUAUCGACAGUGCCUUUGAUAGCUGGGACACGUCCUCUGUACACCACGAGCUGCGCGUGGUCAUUCAUUCAUCUCCGCCGGUCGCUCACGGAGCUCUGGAGACGAUACCGGGUAGUCGGCCUGAAUCACCUGCCAACGUGCUGGAUGGACCAUUUCUCCCGUCAAGACACUCUCCUACCUCGAGUUCGCCGCCUCAUGCCGCAACCUCAGACACUGCUACUGCCUUUGGCUGGAGCUCGUCACCACGACAGCCGAAAUCAUCACCUCCAUCCAGCCCGAUCAAUUUCUCCCGGCCUACCUCUCAACCUGGUUCGUCAAAUGCUAGCAAGCACGCACCACGGCCACCUAAAAUUGGCCAGUUUGAUUCUCCCUUGCAGGAAGAAAUGAUUCACCCGUUGUUCCGCCAAAGCAGCCCUGGGCCACAUCCGAUAGCUUUCGGCGGCACCAUGGUCACCGCCUCGCCCAUGGCCAACACUACCAUUACUCCUGGUGCGCUCGCUCGUCUGCGAAGCAAUUCUCACCUUACACUGGAAUAUGCGAAAACGGCGCCAAAAACCAGGGACGACUUCGAGACAGAGAGCGAGGAAGGGUUUGUGCCGGAUAGCCCUACGUUGGGCACUCCGUCACUUGGUAGUCCCGGUCCAUCGAUUGUUGACGACGAAGAAGACCUGCCACCAAUUCUGCCGGGAUUUGUACUGUCGGCGGGAUCACGGACCAGUUUGGUGGACUACGGGAAGCGGAAAAGCGUCAAAAGGGAUUGUUCCCGAUGCGAAAUGUCGACGGGCGGUCAAUUGAGUCCGGUCAUGGUUUGA